AUGAUAAGCUCAAAACAAUAUGAUACCCAAGUCACCCCCACACUGAGACGUGACAAUCCAAUUCCAUUAGAGAAUUAUACGUCCCCGGCCAGUCUAUUCCUCGAAGAAGAAGUCUACCGAAUCGGAGGAUUGCCAGGCCUGAGAUCCCUACCUCCAGGUCCAGAGCGUGACUUUCUCACCCUAUCAUGGGGACCUAUCGUCUACCGCACCUCGUACGCCCCCGAAACCAAACGCCUCCUCCCCGUAUUCCUCCGCUACCUCAACAAUUCCGUGCAGCAGGCGUUACGACGUACGUUUACAGGCUCCGAUGAAGAAAUCGAAAUUCUCACAACGACUUAUUCUUCGAAGAUUUUCAGCUCCCGAGAUAUGUACACCAACAUGGAUGAAGAAGCGAUCCGACAAGCUUUCCAUGAUUUCAAAGUGUCGCUUGGGAUACCUGAAACAGAGCUCCCGAGCAGACUCCGAAUAUGCUUGAUGCUAGAUGAAGAAGCGUUAUCGCACAUGAAAUGCGUCUUGGAUCUUUCCUCGAUGGCCGAGGAGGAUGCAGAUGUGGGUGGAUGCUGUGUGAAGGUUGUUGAGGAGAAUUUCCCAGAUUCGAGGAUGGGCGACCACCCGCUUUCGAAACCCAAUAUAGAAGGUGUAUCGGGGUCUGUUGGAGAAUAUCGUGGGAGUUAUCAUGGGUGGACGAUGGUGGCACUCGAUGCAUUGGUGGAGGUUUUUGAUGGACUUCGGCAGAUGAAAUGGCUGGUUGACUAUCACCGGGAGGGAAAGGUAUACUUGGGAGAGGGUAAAUGGAGGAGCCUUUAG